AUGGGCUCCUCGUGGUCGUCAUGGGAUCCGCUGUCUGUUUGCACUGGAGGUCCAGAGCCUUCGCAGCCUUCGCAAUCGGAUGCAGAGCAUCAAGUGAAUCAAAGGGCUCAGGCGGAGUUCGUGAGACACGCUGAAGAGCUAGAAGAGGCCAUGAUGCAAGAGGCAAUGUACCAAAGCCUGGUGCACGAGCACGAGCCGAGUGAGGUACACGAGGAUGCUGAUUUACAGGAGGCCCUUCAGCAGAGCCUUCGGCCGGCAGCGCCCCCCGAGUGCCCCACGGAGGAGUCGAUCCGGUUGCAGACUCUGCUGGACUUCCUGGGAAUGAAGCGGCUGGAUGUUGGGUCCACAAACCUGAGUGAAGGUGGAUCGCUCUUGAGCAACCAGUGCUUCUAUCUUGCAAUAGCCAGGAGCUGGCUUGCCUCUGCAGACAACGGAAGUGGGAUGCUGGUUCGGGAUUCUGCGCUGCAGCUGAAGCGAGAGAUUGAAGCGUGCGUCUUCUGCGCUCGGGGCGAUGCAGGUGAGCUGGGUGACGAGGCGGAGGCUUACACGGACUACUUGUCAUGCGUGGUUCAAGGGCAGAGUCCGGCAUCGGCUUCGGCCAUUACAGACCUGGCCAUUGCCAUUUUUGCAUCGAGCCUGGGCGGGAUUGAAGCCUACGUGGGAAAAGGUUAUUCAUCUCUUCCUCGCGAGCAGCAGGUUUCGAAUCUGGCACUCGUUUGGCACCGUCCGGGUCACUUCGAGGCCGUGGUCGCCAUUAACGGAGGCAAGAUGGACAUCAACCUGGGAGAGCUCAUAGACAUUGCGCAAAGUCAGAAUGUCGUUGCCGCAGUCGUACAAGCGUGA